AUGCCCUAUACAGUGGCCAAGCGCCUUGGCAUAACAAGCUUUAGACCUACAAAGAUUACAAAGAUUCAAUUGGUUUUUGCUGAUCGAUCGGUGAGGCGGCCUAUUGGCAUCGUGAGCGAUGUACAAGUUAUGGUCGGGAAGUAUUUCAUACCGGCCGACUUUGUGGUGCUAGAACUAGAUCAGGAACCAAGAGAUCCCUUGAUCCUCGGGCGACCAUUCUUAGCCACGGCCGGAGCUAUUAUUGAUUUAAAGGGAGGAAAGAUAGACCUACACUUAGGAGACUUGGUGAUGAAGUUUCAAAUUGACAAGACCUUGGGGAAACCAACCAUCGACGGAUUCUCUUUCUUGGUGGACAAUCUAAGUGAAGUUUCUGAAGGAGUGUACGAGGAGAUGAUAAUGGACGAUCCUUUAGAAGUGGCACUAACCCAUAUGGAGAAAGAAGGAGGCUACUUUAACAGAGAAGCGCGGGAGAUAACCAAACUUCUAGACGACGCGGAGACUUACAAAAGCCUAGUGGCUUACAUUGGUCUGGGGGAAGAAGUAAUAAGCGCAAACACCUCAAAAGAAGCAUUGAAGCAAUCAAAGGAGCCAUGGAGUAAGCUAAGAGCACCAAACAUUGAACUUAAGGAGCUCCCUGUAGGGCUAAGGUACGCAUUCCUCGGUCCCAACAAUACAUACCCAGUGAUAAUUAAUUCAAACUUGUCAAAUGUAGAGACCGCGCUAUUACUUUGCGAACUAAGAAAACACAACAAGGCCCUUGGGUACACCCUUGAGGAUAUAGCCGGUAUUUCUCCUGAUCUUUGUAUGCACAGGAUACAUCUCGAGGAUGAGUCUAAGUCCUCCAUAGAGCAUCAAAGGAGACUAAACCCAAACUUGAAAGAUGUCGUGAAGAAGGAGAUAAUGAAACUCUUGGAAGCUGGAGUGAUAUACCCUAUCUCGGACAGCACAUGGGUGAGCCCGGUCCACGUAGUUCCAAAAAAGGAAGGAGUAACGGUCAUAAGGAAUGAGAAUGACGAACUCAUACCCACCAGAACGAUCAAAGAGGCUCUCAUUAGCGCGCCGAUCGUACAAUCACCGGAUUGGGAGCUUCCUUUUGAGAUUAUGUGCGACGCAAGCGACUACGCCGUUGGAGCUGUGCUAGGCCAAAGAAAAGAGAAGAAACUCCACGUCAUAUACUAUGCAAGCCGGACCCUCGACGAGGCACAAUGCAACUAUGCCACCACGGAGAAGGAGUUAUUGGCGAUUGUCUUCGCAUUCGAGAAGUUUCGCUCUUAUCUUGUUGGCUCGAAAGUCAUAGUGCAUACCGACCACGCGGCGCUCAAUUAUCUGCUGUCAAAGAAAGAUGCAAAGCCAAGACUUAUACGCUGGAUACUUCUUUUGCAAGAAUUUGACCUAAAGAUCAUUGAUAGGAAAGGCGCGGAGAAUGGCGUGGCCGACCAUCUUUCAAGAAUGAGAAUUGAAGAGAGCAUACCUAUAGAUGACUCGUUACCAGAGGAAACGGUCUAUGCAGUCAGUGCAGUGCCUAUAUCGAGGGAGGAGACCACACCAAGAGCCACCACGGAGAGGAGAAUUGCUUUUGGCGCACCUUGGUAUCGUCAUAUAGCCAACUAUCUCACGGCCGACAUAGAACCUCCGCACUUCUAUGGAUACAAGAAGAAGAAAUUUUUGAAAGACAUCAGAUUUUACUUCUGGGACGAACCGUACCUCUACAAGAAAUGCCAAGAUGGAAUGUUUAGAAAAUGCGUGCCAGAGGAGGAGAUAGCCGGGAUUCUGAACGGAUGUCAUGGAUCGGCUUACGCAGGUCAUUUUGCCACGUUCAAGACAGUCUCUAAGGUCUUGCAAGCAGGUUUUUGGUGGCCUACGAUGUUUAAGGACGCUCAAGCAUUCAUUUCGCGCUGCGACGCUUGUCAAAGAAUGGGGAAUAUAAGCAAGAGGAACGAGAUGCCCCAAAUCUUUAUCUUGGAAGUUGAGGUGUUCGAUGUUUGGGGAAUUGACUUCAUGGGCCCUUUCCCACAUCUUUUGGAGACCAAUACAUUCUAG